AGGGUGCGGUAGUUUGUUUAUUCGAUGAGCGGCUUUUGGUGACCCCCAGAACGAACAAAUUGCCUCCGAACAGAAAACCGUAGUAAUAGAGGUUACAGUUACGCACGGAACACGGUAGUGAACGAGGGUUGAUUCGGAGAGCAAAGCGAAAUUGGUACAAUGGCCGAUGUGAAGUCCGAAAUCGACAGUGACGCGGAGCAGAACUACUCCCUCAACAGCAAUGUGGACCCGAAGAAUAUGCAGGAAUUGACCAUCUAUGUUCAAAAUCUGUUGCAAAAUGUGCAGGACAAGUUUCAGAGCAUGUCGGAUCAAAUUAUUUCCCGCAUCGAUGACAUGGGCACCAGGAUAGAUGAACUCGAAAAGAGCAUCGCAGACCUUAUGCAGCAGGCCGGUGUCGAAGGACAGGAUAAAUAAGUAGGCCCGACCGCGAGGCACUUCCUGCUUAGUUACGAGGCAAUCAUUCUUCGACCCUUUAUCAUCGUAAGUGCGCAGGAGAAACACGUGGAGAAUCGUCAUGGAAAAAUAUGUUUUAAGGGCGACGUUAGAAAUGUAUUGUAAUCGGUUCCAGGUUUGCAUUUCUUUUCUCAUGAGCAAAGUCCAACGAAAGCAGCAGCAUCAUCGGAGGCAUACUUUUUUAUUGUACACGAAUCACACGAUUGAAUAAAUUAAUACACCACCACAAUCAGCGCAACCAACGUUCAAAGCUAAAAGUUAGAGGAAUGUACUAAGUACGUCUCAAAUCCCGCAGUAACCGGGCAGCAGUGUAGCCCACAUAUCGAAAGAAUUCGCUGAUCGAGUGCCUCAUUAUUGUGCUUCUUAAGAAGACUUCGUAGUUCGAUUCAACAAUCCCCGUUGCUAGGAAACGUGCUUGAGACAUUUUCGUCAAAGAGUGAACAAUGAUUG